AUGCCUCAAACAACUUCCAAAUCCUUCCACAGCCUUAGCGUUGAGCAUCCCGGCUUCGUUAAGCACCCAAAGUUCUGGACUGUGCAUCAUCUUGACGUCGUCAACUGCAUCUUCCAGCAAGUCGAAGCUGACGAUGCACCUGAAUAUGUCAUUCUUGAUACCGAACAGGACGAACAGAUGACGAAGUCGGCGUUGAGACUCGCUCGUGAAAACCUCGCGGAUAUGAAGCAUUUCUGGGUCGAGGAGCUUCUCCUUGGUAACAAGCUAACUCCCAUCACUUUUAUCCACGAAUCGGACUAUCGCCUCUACUUUGGCUAUGGCCACUACCGAGUUCCCCUGUGUGAUUCGAACAUCUGCAUCUACUGCAUCAAGAAGGAGAUGUGCCUCCCGGACGCCAAUCCCAUCAUUGGGUACUACAAGUACAACGUCGAUAAGGAGCGUCAGCAGAAGCUCAACGCACAACCUGGUCCCGGCGGCGUCAACAAUGACCCCUUUCAACGCAUCUGCGACAUUAAAUAUCGCCAAGUGACUCUCACAGAUUGGCGACACGACCCGUACAUUGUUUGCCUCCUGCUGAGCUUAGCACAACUCCAGGAUCGCAUGGCCCUCACCCCUCCGGAGGGAACAUUUCUGGCACGCCUCCUCGUCACGAACAUGAACGAUCUGACAAAUGCUUACGUCUACAAGGCGGAUAUCCCCCACCAGCUUCUCGACAGUCUGGAUGUCCCUACCCGCACCAUCGAGGACUUUGUCUUUCCCACUGUCAAUUACGUAGUGGUGUCUUUUGAACCGUACUCGACCUUUGCGGAUCGCGUCCGGGUCCAGUUGGCGGGCCAUGAGUACUUUCCACAACCUGGCCUAGCUCGACCUGAUCUGGUGUCACCAUCGGAACCGCAUGGUGAGAAGCGAAAGCGCGAUGAGGACUAA